UUAGCCACCGUAGGCUUCGUCAGAAGUAAAUACUGCCUGCUAGCUUCCAGCUAGCUAGCUACCUAUAAAGAAACAUGGCUUUUACUUUGUAUUCACUCAUUCAAGCAGCAAUUCUGUGCGUCAAUGCUGUCGCUGUAUUGCACGAAGAAAGAUUUCUGAGUAAAAUCGGCUGGGGAGUCGACCAAAGCGUCGGAGGUUUUGGUGACGAACCAGGCGUCAAAGUGCAGAUGAUGAACCUUGUGCGCUCUGUGAGGACAGUGAUGAGAGUGCCGUUGAUUGCAGUGAAUGCAGUCUGCAUAGUGCUGCUGCUUCUGUUUGGAUGAGAAGUGAGUGAAGAUGGGACAGACCAGGAGAAAAACCUCCACCACCUCAGGAACCCUUCUGCAGAAACAUUUCAUCCCUUUGUCUCAAAAAUGUCUCCUCAAUAUGAAUGUUAUCAUUUAAUAUCAAUGCAUGAGAUACUAUAAGGCCUGUUUUUUUACAGCACAGUAAUUCAAAAUCAGUAUCUGGUUUAUUGCCAAGUUUUCGCAUACAAGGAUUUUGCUGUGGUGUAUUGGUGCAUAGACAAGAAACUUUAUCAUAUAGAAUAGAAGAAUAUUACAAUAAAGAUAUCUUAAAAAAAUAAAGGAAAAGAUGAAGGAAUGUGCAAGAAUAAAGUACAUGCAUCUAUUUAUAAUAGUUAACUUCCUUCUUCUUUUGAAUAGUACAUUAAAAUGCUGAGUCGUUACCUAUGAUUAAAAUAUUAAUAUGAAAAAACAAAUGUUUUUAAAUUUUUCUGAGAAAAAUAUAUCUGUCACCUGGAAGCCAACUGUAAAAUAUUUAUGAUUUCUACACUGAACACAUGUAAAUGAACUCUUGUAUAUGUGCUGUGGCUGUUGAAAACAAAGAGUUUUUUAAAACUUUCA